CCGCAUUCUUCGCUGUUUCUACGGGGUGAUCAAUCCUGGGGAAGCUUCGGGACUGAAUAAUCCAAGAUGGCUGCCUGGCUACUUUACGACUGCUGGCAGCUACUUUCGUGAAUACAGUCGAAUUAGAGGAAGUCUUUCUGUGAAGUCAGGAAAAGAUGGCAUACACAGCAGUGACGCCAGCGCUUGUCGUGCUUGCGCUCUCGGCUUUGAUCUAUCGGGUGCUCCAAAUCGGCAAAAGGGAUCCUCGUAUGCCCAAAGGGCCUCCAACUCUACCAGUGAUUGGCAACAUCCAUCAAAUUCCAUCCACAGGCCUAUUCAAGCAGUUCCGCCAAUGGGCUAAGGAAUAUGGCUCCAUCUUCAGUCUGAAAGUUGGGCCAUCAAACAUCAUUGUUCUCUGCGACCGGAAAGCUAUCCACAAACUGCUCGUCGAGAAAGGAAGUAUUUAUUCCGAUCGACCACCUAGCUAUGUCGGCUGGCUUCUCACCAAAGGUGAUCAUUUGGCUUUGGAACAGAUGGAUGCGGCAUGGAGAGAGAAGCGGAAGAUCAUUGCUCACAACUUCUCCCCAAAGCAAUUGGAUGAAAAGCACUUUCGUGUCCAAGAAGCCGAGGCGACCGUUCUGAUGACGAAUUUGCUGGAUCGACCAGGGGAUUUCUUCCAAGAAAUCCAGAGAUAUACGGCUUCGGUAGUUUCAUCGAUUAAUUAUGGAUUUCGAGCUAAGACGCAUGACUCGUUUUGGGGUACCGGCGUCUACGAUGUAAUGGGAAAGUGGACUGAAUGUAUGGAACCCGGUGCAAAUCCGCCGGUCGAUGAUGUCCCGCUGUUGAAAUACAUCCCGGCUUCUUUCGCAUUUUGGAAACAACGAGCGAUCGAUGCUGGCAAGACAAUGGACGGCACUUGGGGAAAGGCUCGACGACUGGUCGAGGAGCGGCGUGCACGUGGCGAUCGUCGAGUAUGCAUCAUUGACAGUCUCUUGGAUGAGUAUGAGAAAAAAGGGUGGCCUCCGUCAAUCAGCCAGCAUUCGUUCACCAACCUUAUGGGAGAGAUUGUUGAGGGAGGAGCAGACACUACAUCAGCUCAACUACUAACCCUGAUUUUGGCAUUCGCUUUGUACCCCGAGGUACAACGGAAAGCGAGAAAGGAGAUUGACGAGGUUUGUGGAACAGAGAGGGCUCCUCUAUGGUCCGACUUCAGCCGUCUCCCGUAUAUGAACUGCAUCAUUAAAGAAGGAAUGAGAUGGCGUCCUGUCGCCGUUACGGCAUUGCCCCAUCGAGUCAGACAAGAUGAUGAGUAUGAAGGAAUGUUGAUACCCAAGGAUUCUACCGUCUUUAUACCCACCUGGGCCAUCCAUCACACCGACGCUAUAUACGAAGAUUCUGAAAAGUUCAACCCAGAUCGAUAUCUUAACCACCCAAAACUUGCAAACGACUAUGCAGGUAGUCCAGAUUGGGAGAACCGAGAUCACUACAAUUACGGUGCUGGCCGGCGAAUCUGCCCAGGCAUCCAUCUUGCGGAACGUAACAUGUGGCGCAUAGCAGCAAAACUGCUCUGGGCCUUUGAGUUUUCAGAGCCAGUGGAUCCAAUUACGCGCAAAGUGUCGCACCUGGAUCCCGAGGCGUAUAAUCCAGGUAUCCUUCAGGCACCAUUGCCCUUCAAAGUCGACAUCAAAGUCAGGAGCGAGAAGCACGUAGAGAUCAUUCGUAAAGAGCAAAACGAAGCGUUGGAUUUCUUGAAACAGUACGACUGAUUGUAUAGAAGGAGGAGCAUAGUAGCAUCUUAAACCGGGGGUUCAGAGUGUGUUCUGUAGCGCAGUCGAAUCGCUUUGGGGUCAAGUCGCAAUUUUUGAUCGGAAACGGGCCCAAUCUAGAGUUUGUUAGGUGUGAAGCAUCGUCGAAUGAAUAGAUGAGUGAUUCGUGAAUGCUGGGAUGUGAGAUGGCGGCACGCGGGUGACACGUUAUGCGAUACACCGAAAAUUUGACUGGCAACCAAAUGGCCCACCACCAUCACAUUUGUAUGUAUCUACAGCUAGAAUAAAUUCCCAGGAG